GCGCCUGGCCCUCCCCGCCCCCGAAAGUGCAAAUUGGGACACGGUCCCGCCCUCUCCAGGCGGGGCUGCCAGCACCGAGACCCCGCCCACUCUGGGGCCGGGAGACCCCGAGAGCCCGAGAGAACGUGCCUAGACCGCAGGAUGUGGGACAGGAAUUGGGGUCUGACCCUCUCCUCUGACAUCUCAGAUCAUGACUCUUCUGGCCGUAAUGGUGUUUGCUCUGGUGACAGGUCGUGUCCAAGCAGAGACGAGAAUUAUAAAGGGGUAUGAGUGUCCAGCUCAUUCUCAGCCUUGGCAGGUCGCACUGUUUCAGAAGACUCGUCUACACUGUGGGGCUUCCCUCAUCAACCGACAGUGGAUACUCACAGCAGCUCACUGCAAGAAGCCCAAGUACUGGGUGUACCUGGGUGCACAUAACCUUCAGCGACCAGAUAACUGUGAGCAGAGGAGGAUGGCAACCAUCUCUAUCCCCCACCCAGGCUUUAACGGCAGUCUCCCCAACAAGGAUCAUCGAAAUGACAUCAUGCUGGUGAAGCUGAACACUCCUGUGAUGCUGACUAAGGCCGUGCAGCCCUUAACCCUGCCUGAGCACUGUGUCACCCCUGGCUCCCGAUGCCUCAUCUCUGGCUGGGGCACCACCACUAGCCCCCAGUUGACUCUCCCCCAUACACUUCGAUGUGCCAACAUAACCAUCAUCGAUCACAGGGAGUGUGAAGCGGCCUAUCCUGGGAACAUCACCGACACCAUGGUGUGUGCCGGCGUCAAGGAGGCGGGCAAGGACUCCUGCCAGGGUGAUUCAGGAGGACCUUUGGUGUGCAAUGGAACACUUCAGGGCAUCAUUUCUUGGGGCCAAGACCCCUGUGCUGUCAGCCGGAAGCCAGGUGUCUAUACUAAGGUCUGCAAAUAUGUGGAUUGGAUCCAGCAAACCGUCAAGGACAAUUAACCUGACCGAAGAAUAUUUCCAUCCACCUCCUUCCUGCAUGCUUCCCCUUCUUGUCUACUUUAUUCACAAUAAAUAAUCCUGGAAAGUCA